AUUUGGGGGGUUUGGGAGGGAUUUGAGUGGUUGUUUACAUUAAACAAAAUGUAAUUACAAAAUUAACCUUAAUUUUUUUAUUAUAUUCUUCUCCAUUACAAGCUUAAAGGGUAAAUUUGUAAAUUUAAAUUUAAUUUAAAUCCUUCCCUUCCUUCCCUUCCUUUUACCUUAAUUAUCCAAACAUAAAAUAAUACAAUUCUUCCCUUCCUUUUCCCUUCUUCAUUUUUAUUUAUCCAAACAAAAUUAACACAAAUCAUUUCCUUCUAUUUUCUUCCCUUCCCUUUCUUUUCCUCCCCCUCCAUUUCCUUUUAUUUUCCUCCAUUCCCCUCCCUUCCCUUCCCUUUACUAUUUUCUAUCCAAACAAGGCAAGUUUUCCUCCCCAAGCCCUUACCUUGCGCCAGCACCUCCUUGCUAGAAUGAUAGGUAAGAGCUUAGUUUCUUCCUUCUCUUAGCAAGGGUUAAAGAUAAAUGAGUUUAUGGUUCCAAAAUGAUGCUCCAAAUUUCCAGAUCUAGCUGCUGCAACCUCCCAAUCUCUUGAUCUGUGUUGGAUUUGCUGUCCACAGUAAGGGAUCACCAUUUUCUAGAACCUUUUGAUACUAAAACCAAAGACGUGGGAAAAACUAAGGGGAGUGACGAGUUAGAAGACUAGUCAUUUGUAUUUCAGACAUAGAUUAUCUUGGAGUUAGGCUGGCCACACAUAUUUGGACUUAAAUUAUUUUGUAAUUAGGUUUGCAAACUAAAUUUUAUUUUGAGAUUUUUGCAAAUUUGUGAUAUGAACUAUGCCAACCUAUGAUGAAACUCGUAAACAAAACAAGGCACCAAGACCGUUUCUAAGACAAGUUCGAGAGAAUGGAACUGCAACCUGUUACCUAUGAUGAGGUAAGAACCUUGGUAUGGAGAAGACGCCACAAUCAACUAUGGAAGGGCUUAUUGAUAAGUCCAGGAUGAACGUGAUGGAUAAUUCCAAUAAGUUCGAAAAGUUGUUCAAAGAACCAGAGAGAAUUCGUUCUCUCAAUGCUAAUGAAUAAUCAUCCCCCUACAAUUAGGGUUACAGCUCUAUAAAUAGCUAAAAUUAAU